AUGGCUUUCAACUCUAAAUCCGCCCUCUCAUUCCUUCUCAUCUUCAACAUCCUCCUCGCCAUAACCAACCGUGCAGUCUUUGCCGGACGUGCAAUCCCAACCGACUCCAAAAACACAAACAUGAAACAACCCGACUCGUUCAUCGGCAAGGAUGGAAGCGUCCUUGUUCCGGGCAUUGGCCGUUUCAUGCUCCCACCCCUGGGCCCCGGUUUCGACCCGUUCACCUACAACCCAGUCACCGGCACCAACGGAGGAUUUGGCAUUGGCAGUGGCAGUGACACUGGCACCGGAGCCGGCACCGGUGGCAGCUACGUUCCAGGUGGCGACGAUACAUUGGUCCCAAACCCCGGUGUUGAGGUCCCGAAUCCCGGGAGUGGAAUUGGUGGCAACACUCCUGGGGCUGCAGCAGCUCGUCCUUGA